AUGAAGAGGGAGUUCUCUACUCUUCAAAAAGCCAAUAAAAGCCUUCAAUCAAAAAUGAAGAAGUUAGAGGACCAGGCUGAAGCUGCCAUCAAGGCUCAGACCGAUGCCGAAGAGAAGUUUGAUUCUGCUGAGGCCAUUAGGAAGGUUGCUGAGUCCCAAAAAAGAAAGGCCGAGGAGAAGAUAGCCCCGGCCCAAAAAGAGCUGCAGGAGGCCUUGGCUACCAAAGAGGCUGAAAUUAGGGAUGCCGACGAGAAGGCGUAUGCCCAGGGCAUGGACGAUGUUACGGAGGCCUACGAAAAGCAAGUGAAGGAGGCAUGCAACAAGGGUUUCACCCUUGGUUGGAUGCCCCUUCUAAAAAAGCUCAAUGUCCCUGAGGACUCACCUUUGAGAAACCCUGACGCCAUUCCUCUUCCAUUCCCUCCCACACUAACUCCAGCUCAAUCUGAUGAGGAUGACUCUGAGUCCGAGGAGAAGGAGGUUUUGGUAAGGAAGUCCAAAGAUGCUGCUGGGGUCAAGUCUCCUCCACAAAAUAAGCAAGUCCUGGACUUGACUCAAGAUGAGGAGGAUGAGGAGGUUCGCAAAAAUGCUGCUCCUGAGAAAGCUUUAUCCGAUGUUCCUCUUGCCGAUAAGAGCCUAGAUGAAACCCUGAAAGAAAUCGACGCUGAACUUACGGCCGAGAAGGAUAAGCCAGUCCUUGCUACUGAUAGUGCCGAUGACAAAAAUGUCGGCGUGGCGCUUAGUACCGCUUUGCUUUUGCCCGGCGAUCUUGAUCGCAAUGCCGAGCUGAGCGAAUAUGAAAAUUACGCUUUGAUGCUUCAACGCUCUGUCCAAGCUAUCCAGCAUGCCCACUCUUUUUCUGUUCAAUCUUUCAAAAAUCAGCAGAAGCUGGUCGAUAUGAAGAGGGAGUUCUUUUCUCUUCAAAAAACCAACAAGAAUUUGCAGUCCAAGAUAAAAAAGUUGGAGGACCAAGCCAAGGCUGCAAUCAAAGCCCAAACUAAAGCCGAAGAGAAGGCUGAAUCUUCCGAAGCCAUUAGAAAGCUCAACGUUCCUAAGGACUCGCCCUUGAGAAAAGCCGACGCCAUUCCUCUUCUAUUCCCUCCAUCUCCACCUCCAAGUCAAGACGUCGACGAAUCUGAGUCUGAGGAUGAUGAGGAAGGUGAUGAGGUUCCCAAAGACGCUGCUCAUGAGAAGGUAUCAGCCGACGUCCCCUUCACCGACAGGAGUAUUGAAGAAACUUUGCAAGAAAUUGAUGCUGAGCUAAUGGCGGAGAAGGCGGCCGAGGUUGCUUCUCAACAAUCGUCUGAGGUCCCAACCCAGCUCACUAUUGAAGCAGAGGAACCUUAG